AUUACGCAUAUUGCGUUUAUCAAAAGAUGGAUCACCUUCUUGGGAGCAUCAUGUUUGGCAGUUACCUAGUGGCAUUAGCAUGUUGGAAAAUCUUGAAGAGCUGAAUCUUUCUGAGCAUGAUGAAAUGGAAGGUGAAAUUCCCAUAGGAAUUGGAGAACUAUCAUCUUUAAGAAUCUUAAAUUUACAGUGCACUCGUAUUUGCAGAAUUCAAAGGACAAUCAACAUGCUUCAUCACCUCCAAACACUAAAUUUAAGAGAUUGUCAUGUAAUUGAAGUGCUGCCGGAAUUUCCCACAAGUUUGACCAGUCUACUUCUUGAAUCUAAUUCAUUGCUCUCAGUCCCUAAUUUGUCGAACCUUACUAAUUUGGUUGAACUACUACUAAGUGAUGGCUCUCGUAAUACAGGCAAAUCAAACCUAAUCACAGGAUGCAACUUAUGGUGGAUAGGGAGGUUAUCUAGGUUGAAAAGGUUAGAUUUAAAUCUGCUAAAUUUCCCUACACCUUCAGAGUUGGCUUCUCUUUCUGAUCUAGAAGAGCUUACUUUGUCUCAUCUAGCCCUAGAAACCCUCGAGAAGCUUCCCUCCUCUCUGCUGAGAUUGAUUGUUAAAUUCUUUAGAAUCAGGCGGGCAGAGUUACUUCCCUCCUGCUUGAUAUUGAGCAAUUUAUCGACUUUAGAGUUUUGCUCUGGUGAAGUGGAAGACAUUCCACUCGAUGGACUUCCACUGCUGGAGAACUUAACUGUUCACGAUUGUAAACUGCUUCAGAGAUUAUCCAUUCCUUUGGAAUUAAGGAAGUUACGGCAAGCGUGUGUGGCAUGUUGUCCAGAGCUAGUUAUGAUAGAAGUUGGGGGUCUUUUGAAAUCAAUGGAAUCCUUCUCCAUUUUACGGUGUGUAUCUCUGAGAAGAGUUGGUGGCCUAAACGAGCUAGAGUCCCUAAAAUACUUGACGGUCAGAGAGUGCACAUCAUUGGAAAGUUUGUUUGAUGCAUCCUGCACAAAUAUAGCAGAUGAUUGCCACGUUGAUAUACAGGUGUGUGGAGACUUUAUCAAAGAUUUUGCUGCAAGCUACCAACAUGAAAUCUAUUCGAAGCGUUACGGAGAGAUGAAUUUUCUGGAUACAUCAAAUAAGUCUACAUAG